UACAUACAUUACCACCAACAAAUAAUAUUUGUGCAUACACGAAGAAUAUGAUAGAAUUGUAGAGCACCAUCAUCAACAAUGAAUCCACCUUUUCAUCAAUCCGAUCGUAGGAUUCCUUCUGGCAGCAGUGUGGGAGGAAGUCCAAAUCACGUUCAACCACCAAAUCAAUACAGUAGCUUUUGGCGUAUGCAUGGUGCACCAAGCAGUCCUACAAGCACAGCUUCUCCUGGUGGCGAAACAAAAGAUGGCGAUGACAGUUCACAUCCUAGAAAGAAACGUGUUCAUUAUUCCUGCGAAGAAUGUCAUAGAAGAAAGCAAAAGUGUAACAGACAAUGUCCUUGUCAACAUUGUUUGGCUAGAGGAAUUCCGCAAAGGUGUAAAUUCACUGCAAACGUACCUGCUUCUAGUGGACAUGGCAAUGGAAACGCAUCUUCUGAGAGCAAUGCAAAUGCAGGCCCAUCAUCGUCAGCAGAUGUCUCUGAGCUAAAACAGAUUAUGCAAGAUGGUUUCGCAGACAUUCUCUCACGACUUGGGGCGGAGGAUCAGAUUGCGGCAGCGAACAAACAACGAAAAAUACAAGAAGAAGAUGAGGACGAUCUUGUGAUUGUCUCUUCCGCCACCGCCGCCACUUCUCGUGGAAGCAAGUUACUCGAUAUGAUGCAAGUCAAUAAUGCCGCCGCCGUCAUGGAUCCGACUUUGAGUCUAGACUCACAUACAAGUAUCGAUCAUGCCCUUUAUGAACUCAGCUUACGUGACCCAAGAGGGAAUGGUCCGUUGAGCAAAUCAUUGUUGGCAUGUCUUCCACCAAAGCAUGAAGUUCAGGUAUUGUUUGACAGCUAUAUCGAAGAUGUGAGCAAUUUGCGAUACCCAAUCUCCUUGGAUACAAUCAAACGAUCGAUGGAAAGGUUACCACAGAUGCAACAGCGAGGCUACAUCACCACAGAUGAGAUUGAUUCUUUCUCCGUCAUCGCGGCCAUGCUCAGCCAAGCAGUUUUGCGAACGGAACGAUUCGAUGUGAUCCCAAACGAUAUCAAAACUGUGUAUAUGGGUGCUCGCAAACUAGUUUUUGCAUGCAUGAAAUCGUUGUGCAUCAGUGACAUCUUGGGUCGAAACAGCUUUGAGAAAUGCGUAGCCUUGCAUUUAUCCGCACGAUUUUUAUUGAUGGACAGAAGGAUGAAUGAAGCAUGGACUAAUGCGAAUAAUGCUGUUCGAUGUGCGCAGAGUAUUGGACUGCAUCGUUAUGAUCCGACCGGAAAGCCAAUCAGGGAAGCAGAAGAGAUACGAUUAAUGUGGUGUAUUUUGCGGUAUGAUGAACGGUCAUUCUCGAUGAUGAUGGAAAGGCCUACUUCGAUCGAUGAUGACGUUUGCUCCACAACACCUCCGCCAGCAUCAGGCAAUAUUACAGUAGACGAUGCAAUUUUCAUUCAGAGAAGGUUCGACCUUGCUACGUUUCAGGGCAGAAUUCUCUCCCUGAUCCAUAACAAGAAUGGUGUCAGAAUGCGGGACACACUUGCCCUAGACAAAGAGAUUAUCGCAUUCCGACAAUCUCUACCGACAGAUUUGAGAGGGCACAGGAAAGGAUAUAUUCAACGAUUUAUGAUGCAUUCCCAUACCUUGCAAGCUCGAAUGGCUCUGUUGCGACCUUUCUUCUUGCGUUGCGUACCUCGGAAUGCCUCUGCCUUGACCAGACAAAGACAGAUUGCUAUCCGAUUAGCCUGUGCAGAAGCAGCAUGUGAGGAUUUGACAUUGCGUGAAGAAUUGGUGGAGGAAGUUCAAACGGUUUAUGGCGGGGAAAAGGUGCCAGGACUUGCACGAAACCAUAUUAGAACACCACGUUGGUUUACUUCUUUGGUGAUUUUGGGAUGCUACAUGUUAACAUUCAAUGCGCAUACACACGACGGCCAAAUUUCUGGCGCAACGGCCGAAUCGGAAAGCAAUGCAGAACGAGCGCUUGCAAUCUUGCCUCAGGCUAGACAGCACCUGAAGAUCUUUAUUGAUCUUGCAGAGAAGAAGCAAAGUGCAGAGACUACUCGAGAUGCCGCUUUGGAUCGAGAAGUGAGCGUGGUUCGUAUGUUCUUGGAAAAGGGUUCGGAAACUACAUCAGAACGAGUCAAUCAUGCAAGUGCAAAUGAUUCAUCCAAUCUUACUACCAGUCGAAAGCGAGCUCGAACGUCUGGAUCAACGUCUGCACCAUCAAAUACAGGUCACGAACUCUCUCACAGUGCACCACACAGCAUGCAAGCCACGCCGCCAAGUCAUCAUACGCCCAGUUCGAGUGAAGUAGGAUCGCAUUCAGGCGCAAAUGGUCUGCAAGGGGAAGAUUUGCAAGCGAUUUUUGAUGCUUGGUUCCAAUCGGGUAUCAAUCAUGCCAAUACAGGACAAGAACUUACACAAAUGUUUGAUAUUCCAAGUACAGAAGCAAUGCCACCUCUAACAACAUUUGAAGCAGCAAUGAGUUUACCCAACAAUCAAUUUCCAUUUAAUUCAACUCCAACGAGCAAAAGUGAUCCUGCAACGGCUGCUGCUGCAGUUCAAUUGGCGUCUAUGCAACAAAUUCCACAGCCUCCAGUCACUGCUGGGAUGACGAGCCAACCAAGUUUAUAUCCUUCUCCACCUUCUUUUGCAGCUUCAACUCCUCAUUCCACUCGAGCUGCCGGUGAAGGUGAAUUUUGGCAAGGAUUUAUCAAUAUGCUUUCCACACAAUCUGGAAAGGUUUAAAGCAUUUUGCUGUAUUUUUAUCAUGAUUGAAAUUGCAUUUUUAGAGAUCCCUUGGAUGACCGUUCUGUUGUCAUAUUGUAGAAUGCCGAUGUCAUGUGAAUUUAUCCGACCAUGUGCUUCAUACAUACAACAGCCUCUAUUCCACGCUAAGUAUCAGACAAGAGUCGAAUCCUCUAAAGAGAGCACCGAUCAUACCACCCUACCAUCAACCUACUCUCCUUACAAAGGAAGCAAAUCAAGACCUUUUCUUUAUAAUGAGCGCAUUGGACACAUACGUUUCAUUACUAACAGUUUUGACGCAACCCCCAUACGCGCGUACACGCCCUGGAGGGGGGUUGCGUCAAAACCGUUAGUCACCAUUACACUGCUCUUGCGUACAAGAACCUAACUGCCCGAUCUCUUAUGUUAGUCUCUUUUUCAGUACGACCGACGGCUUGGCAAG